CGGUCAUGUGUCCCGGACCACGUGACGUGUUGUGUUGACGCUGAUUCAGAUUCGGAUCCGAAACGGCAGCUCACCGAGGAGCAGCACCGGAGCAGCACCGGUACCGGACGGUCCGUCCUGAUCCCGGAGGAAGGGGAGGAACAUUUGGAGAUGAUUUUAUUUCUGUAAAGAACGACCAGAAGAUCAGCUCGACAGGAGCAAGUUCCGGCACCGAAACCUUCUAGUUUCAGGAGCAGCUGCUGCUCACCAUGGCCAUCAUCAGACAGUUUGGACUGUUGCUGUGGAAGAACUACCUGCAGCAGAAACGUCAGAUCCUGGUCACUCUGGUGGAGAUCCUGCUGCCGCUGCUCUUCUCCGGCAUCCUCAUCGCUCUGCGUCAGAAGGUCUCCUCUAAAGACUUCCCCAACGCCACCUUCUUCGACAGCUACGCUGUGGAGCGUCUGCCCCGUUUGUUGGAGAUGCAGCGUCUCCAGCUGGCCUACAUUCCCGGUAACUCCAGCGUGGUGCGUCAGGUGGCCGAGGACGUCCGGAACAGCCUCUACCUGUCCUCAGUUCGAGGCUUUGAGACCGAGGAACAGUUUGAGAACUACGUGAGGACCGACCCUCAGUCAGGGAAGCUGCUAGCUGCCGUGGUGUUCCAGCAUCCCUUCAGCCACGACGAUGAACCCCUGCCUCUACAGGUGAGCUACCGUCUACGGUUCACCUUCACCCCUCGUAACGCGCCGGCGAAGGAGAAGUCGGAGCUGAACCCGAACAGCGACCUGGACUGGCACACGCUCAGUCUGUUCCCGCUGUUCCAGCUGCCCGGUCCGAGGGAACGGAAAUACAACGAGGGCGGAACACCUGGUUAUUUCAGAGAGGGCUUCCUGACCGUGCAGCACGCCGUGGACCGAGCUAUCAUGCGUUCGUACAACAGAACUGCUGCUGAUUCUCUGCUAAAACGGACCAGAGUGCUUCUGUCCCGGUUUCCUUACCCCUCCUUCAUCUCCGACGUCUUCAUCCUGGCCAUCCAAAACCAGCUGCCCCUGGUGCUGGUGCUCAGCUUCACCUACACCUCCCUGAACAUCGUGCGAGCCGUGGUGCAGGAGAAGGAGAGGAAGCUCAAGGAGUACAUGAGGAUGAUGGGUCUCAGCAACUGGCUUCACUGGAGCGCCUGGUUCCUCAUGUUCGUCCUCUUCCUCUCCAUCUCAGUCUUCUUUGUGACUCUGCUGCUCUGCAUUCAGGUGAGUCCUAACGGAGCAGUGCUGACCCACAGUGACCCCACGCUGGUCUUCGUCUUCCUGCUUGUCUUCACCGUCGCCACCAUCAACUUCAGCUUCAUGAUCAGUGCCUUCUUCUCCAGAGCCAACGUGGCAGCAGCAGCGGGCGGCUUCAUCUACUUCCUGAGCUACCUCCCGUACCUGUUCCUGUGGCCUCGCUAUGACCUGCUGAGCCACGCCCAGAAGACCUCCGCCUGCCUCAUCUCCAACGUGGCCAUGGCCAUGGGCGCUCAGCUCAUCGGGAUGUUCGAAGGAAAAGGAGUCGGGAUCCAGUGGUCCAACCUGUUCGACUCAGUGACGGUGGACGAUGACUUCUCUCUGGCUCAGGUUCUGGGUCUGCUGCUGUUGGACUCGCUGCUCUACGGCCUGGUGGCCUGGUACAUGGAGGCCGUGUUCCCUGGAGAGUACGGAGUGCCUCUACCGGCCUACUUCUUUGUGUUGCCUUCUUACUGGUGCAGCAGCCCUCGCAUGGCUCUGGUCAACGAGAAGGAGGAAGAGGAGGACGCUGAGAAGGCUCUGAAAGGAGAGUUCAUAGAGGAGGAGCCGGCUGGCCUCGUGUCCGGGAUAAAGAUCAAACAUCUGUCCAAGGAAUUCAAAGUGGGCAACAAAACCCGGCAGGCGGUGCGAGACCUGACCCUGAACAUGUUUGAGGGACAGGUCACGGUGGUUCUGGGACACAACGGAGCAGGAAAGACCACGACGCUGUCCAUGCUGACAGGUCUGUUUCCUCCCAGCAGCGGCCGGGCCUACAUCAGCGGAUACGACAUCUGUCAGGACAUGAACCUGAUCCGACGCAGCCUGGGCCUCUGUCCUCAGCACGACGUGUUGUUUGAUAACCUGACCGUGAGGGAACACCUGCUGUUCUACGCACAGCUCAAAGGAUUCUCUAAAGACAAGAUUCCAGACGAGGUGGAUCGAAUCAUCCGGAUCCUGAACCUGGAGGACAAACGCCGGGCUCGGUCCAAAACUCUGUCUGGUGGCAUGAAGAGGAAGCUUUCUAUCGGCAUCGCCCUCAUUGGAGACUCCAAGGUGGUCAUGUUGGAUGAGCCCACAUCAGGCAUGGAUCCGUCGGCCCGACGGGCCACCUGGGACCUUCUGCAGGGAGAGAAACGAGGUCGCACCAUCCUGCUGACGACACACUUCAUGGACGAGGCCGACCUGCUGGGAGAUCGAAUCGCCAUCAUGGCCGGAGGAGAGCUGCAGUGCUGCGGUUCUCCACUGUUCCUGAAGAACAAAUACGGUGCUGGUUACCACAUGGUCAUAGUCAAAGAUGCUCUCUGUAACGUGUCCGAGAUCACACGCCUCGUCCACAUGUAUGUUCCCAACGCCACGCUAGAGAGCAGCGCUGGAGCCGAGCUCUCCUACAUCCUGCCCAAAGAAAGCACCAGCAGGUUCGAGCUGCUGUUUGCUGAGCUGGAGAUGAACAGGGACGAGCUGGGCAUCGCCAGCUAUGGAGCUUCAGUCACCACCAUGGAAGAGGUGUUCCUCAGGGUGGGGAAGCUGGUGGAUUCCAGUUUGGACAUCCAGGCGAUCCAGCUGCCGGCUCUGCAGUACCAGCAUGAGAGGCGUUCCCAUGAUUGGACCACGGACGACGCCAGCAGCAUCAGCGGUCUGACCGACGUCACGGACUUCACCGACAGCGGAACCCUGAUCUCAGAGGACUGCUCCAACAUCAAGCUGAACACUGGGGUGCGCCUCCACCUGCAGCAGUUCUACGCCAUGUUCCUGAAGAGGGCGCUGUACAGCUGGAGGAACUGGAAGGUGAUGGUGGCCCAGUUCCUGGUCCCUCUGGUCUUCACUAUUGUGGCCCUGGUUGUGGCGCGCUCCUUCCCCAGCAACCUGAAGGCCCCUGAGCUGAGGCUGGCCCUGCACCGCUACGGGGCCACCAGGGUCCCGGUGGCCCUGCAGCCAGGAGCCGGACCCCCGGCCUCGCUCCUGGCAGACGCCUACAGUUCCCAACUCUCCGCCCAGCUGGGCCAAUGCCAGAACAUCACGGACCUCCCUGACUACGUCCUGACCCACGCCGAGCAGGAAGGAGGCAGCUUUAACGAGCGCUGUGUGGUCGGCGCCGCUUUCCGAGGCGGUAACAGCCAGAUUGCAGAAGCGACGGCAUACUUCAACAACGAGGGCUACCACACCCCGGCCACCGCCCUCAUGAUGCUGGACAACGCUCUGUUCAGGCUGCUAGCCGGACCCAACGCCUCCAUCCAGACGGGAAACUACCCGAUGCCCCGAACCCUGUCUGAGACGGCUCAGAACCAGCUGACCGAGGGUAAGACCGGCUUCGCCAUCGCCAUCAACCUCAUGUAUGGGAUGGCGUCUCUGUCCAGCACCUUCGCUCUGCUGCUCGUCACUGAAUCCUCCAUCAAGUCCAAACAUGUGCAGCAGGUGAGCGGUGUCUACCUGUCCAACUUCUGGUUCUCCGCCCUGCUGUGGGACCUGGUCAACUUCCUGCUGCCCUGCCUCCUGAUGCUGGUGGUCUUCAAGGCUUUCGGAGUGAAAGCGUUUGUGGAGAACAACCACCUGGUGGACGUUCUGCUGCUGCUGCUGCUGUACGGUUGGGCCGUGGUUCCACUCAUGUACCUUCUCAGCUUCCUGUUCUCCACAGCGGCCUCCGCCUACACCCGCCUCACCAUCUUCAACAUGAUCUCGGGAACCGCCACCUUCCUGGCAGUGACCAUCAUGACCAUCCCAGAGCUGAACCUGCAGGACCUGUCUCAGUUGCUGGACAAGGUGUUCCUGAUGUUCCCAAACUACUGCCUGGGGAUGUCCUUCAGCCAGUUCUACCAGAACUAUGAGUUCAUCUCCUUCUGCACCCUCAACGACAUAACCAAACAGAUCUGCAUCAGAUACAACAUCACCUACCAGAUGAACUACUUCUCCCUGGAGGAGCCUGGAGUCGGCCGCUUCCUGCUGGCCUUCACCGUUCAGGGCGUCGUCUACAACGUCCUGCUGUUCGUCAUCGAGCUGCGAUGCUUCCACACUGCGUGGCGGCUCCUGACCUCGCUGGUCCGGAGACACAAACGGGUGCCUGUGGUGGACGAAGCAGCGCUGCUUCCAGAGGACAGAGACGUGGCUGAGGAGAGGAAGAGGGUUCUGGAGUGUCAGCCGGUGGUGGAGUCCAUGGUGGGGAGUCCUCUGAUCCUGCAGGAGAUCAGCAAGGUGUACAGCAGCGGGGAGUCUCUCCUGGCCGUGGACCGGCUUUCCCUCGCUGUGGGGAAAGGAGAAUGUUUCGGCCUGCUGGGCUUCAACGGAGCAGGAAAGACCACCACCUUCAAGAUGCUGACGGGCGAUGAGAGCGUCACCUCUGGAGACGCCUACAUCGACGGCUACAGCGUCCGGAGGGACAUCAAGAAGGUGCAGCAGCGGAUCGGAUACUGUCCUCAGUUUGACGCCGUUCUGGACCACAUGACAGGAAGAGAGACUCUGAGCAUGUACGCCCGGCUGCGAGGGAUCCCAGAGAAGUACGUGUCCGGCUGUGUGGAGAACGUGUUGAGGUCUCUGCUGCUGGAGCCUCAUGCGGACAAACUGGUGCGCAGCUACAGCGGCGGAAACAAGCGGAAGCUGAGUGCAGGCAUGGCUCUGAUCGGUGGACCUCCGGUCAUCUUCCUGGACGAACCGUCCACCGGCAUGGACCCGGUGGCCCGCAGGCUGCUGUGGGAUGCCGUGACGCGAACACGAGAGUCUGGAAAGGCCAUCAUCAUCACUUCUCACAGCAUGGAGGAGUGUGAGGCUCUGUGCACCCGGCUGGCAGUGAUGGUCAACGGCCAGUUCAAGUGUCUGGGGAGUCCUCAGCACCUGAAGAGCAAGUUUGGCAGCGGCUACACGCUGCUGGCUAAAGUCCAUGUAGAAGCUGAGCCGGAGGACGGCGACCUGCUGCUGUUCAAAGACUUCAUAGAGAACACCUUCCCAGGAAGUCAGCUGAAGGACGAGCACCAGGGCAUGGUGCACUACCACCUGACGGACAAAGCACUCACCUGGGCACAGGUGUUCGGGACAUUAGAGGCGGCCAAAGAGAAGUACCACAUUGAGGACUACUGUGUGAGUCAGAUCUCCUUGGAGCAGGUGUUCCUCAGCUUCGCCCAGUUCCAGCACUGCUCCCAGAGCGGCAGGAAGUGAGAGGAGAGGAACAUCUUCUGCACGGACCUUCCAGGUGUGAACCAGGCUCCAUCUGGGCCGGUCCGGCUCCAGCAUCGCUGUCCAGUCAUUCGUGCCGUUUGUUGUUGUCGUGUGAAUGUUUGAAGCUGAUGAUUGGUGAAGGUUCAGCGCUGCACGCUGAGGAGGACCCCUCAGCACCACCACUACUCUGGACUGUGUUCACAUCGUCCCUUUAUUUAUUACGUUACUGUGCUUUAUUUUCUCGGUCACUGAAACACCUGAGAGCCUUAUCCAGCUCCGAGGGCUCCGCUCUGUCCCUGGUCGGGAGGAUUCUGGUGUUUCCAGAUGUUCGAAGCCUUCAUGGUACUAAAACCGUCUCCUUGUUACAGACUGAAGGAUGAAGCUGGAGAUAGAAUCCGUCCUUCACAUUCUGUCCUUUUGUUCUGUUGUUGCUCCAGAUGUUCCAGUUUAGGAGGAAAAUCCUCCAAUGUUAAAUCAGAAUCUUUAAAAUUCUUAAACUAAAAAUCAUGACUUCAAAUCGGACUUCAGCUGAUCGACUGACCUAAAAACUCCAUUUGCCUUCUUGUUUUAAUGCCAUAAAGGCCCACCAGGCGGUGGAUAAUAAACUGAUGCCUUCCUUUGAUCAGAGCUCUUCUCUGGUUUCAUCUGAUGCCACUUUAUCCCAAAGCCUUGUUCUCACUUAAAGAACCUGUAAAAAGAUGUUUGCGUUCUGUGGAAACACUUAGAAUGGCGUUUCUGUUGAUGAGGAACACAUCCACAGCCUCCUGCUUUUCAUGAAGAUGGAUGUGAUAAUGUGGGAGUAGAAGAAGACAUUCCUGAUGUCCACAAACCACACAAGUGACAUGAAUGUAUUCCUGUCAGGAAGACGACCUGCUGGAUGUGAUCUACAGACGUUCCACUGAUACGCUGCUUCUUUAACUUUUUCAUUUUCACCUUUCUUGUUCAUGUUUGUUUUUGCUGUUUGUAUUUUUGCACAAUCCAUCUUCCAGUACAUGUAUGACUUGAAAUAAUUCCAGCAUUAGACACACAGUUGGAGAAUAACUGAGGCGUUUGCUGCUGUUGGAGGUCGGCUGAAAUGUUGUGUAUCAUAUUUAAAAGGGAACUCUGAUCAUUGUAAUCGCGCGCUGUACUGUACCGAACCAUGGAACUGACCUGUCUGCUCUGUAUGUGUCCAAGUUCUUUUUAAAUUAAAUCAUGCUCUAUGCAAACGGUA